UUUGUAAUCGUGGCUGAGUGUGUUUACAGUACUGUACUGGGUCGGUGGCUGGUGUAUGGACAUUAAUGGUCAGUUCUUAUCAUAUUAUGGGCCACAAGGUUGCUAGUAGUGUGUGAUGACGACUCGGCGGAGGCGUGCGGGUUCUGAGUCUUACGUGGAGGAGCCGACUGUCCCUGGGGCUUCUACUGUUCAGAAACCUCAGCAGCCACAUGCCCAGCCUACUUUAACACAGUCCCCUUACUCCCUGUAUCCUCAGGUUGCUAAUGCAGUAAACAACAAUCUUCAGUGGGGCUCGGCUACUUGUAACAGUCAGGCAUACUAUAAGAAGACAGACACAGUGGAUCCUGGUGGUGUAGGUCAAGUAGCAGCAGCAACAACACCUUAUACCGGACAACCUUGGCCAACACAGCCUACUCAGCCAUACUUUUACACACCUCAGGGAAAUAGUAAUACACAAUCUGGUGGAACAUUUUAUGGAACUGACAAUAAGCAGUGGAAUCCCAGUACUAGUGGAGCUAAUAGUAGCAGUAAUAAUCAGUGGAGUAACAGUGGUACUCAUUGGAACACAGGUGCAGUGAGUAACAGUGAAACAUUGAACAAAACUCACGGUUCUGGUGGACAUUUGAAUAGAAGUGCCUCAGAUUGGUCAAGUGUAGGUUCACACUUGUCUAGCAUUGACGACGUCGACAUGGCAUCCCGAGACCGUACACAGGAGUUUGCACGGAUUGUGCGUUCACAGCAGGGGAGUUACACAAAUGGUGUCUUACCCCACCAUGAAGGAAAACGACCAAGAGAUCUACAUGAAUACAAAGACUUCAUGCAGAGAGCCAAGUUGAUUGGGAGAAAUAUUUCAAGUACUUAUGCCAAAUUGGAGAAAUUAACACAUUUGGCAAAGAAGAGAUCACUUUUUGAUGACAGUCAUGACCGAGAGAUACAAGAGCUAACAGGAAUCAUUCGGCAUGAUUUAACGUCGCUCACAAAGCAGCUUGGUGAUCUUCGCAAUCGUUCUCUCGCUGCUUCAUCAACUGGCAAUAGUGCACACCUUCAGAAACACUCACGUAAUUUAGUAGGAUCAUUGCAAAGCAAGGUCGCAUCUAUAACCCGAAUGUUCAAGGAUGUUCUGGAAGUUCGUACAGAGAACUUGAAAAAGCAAGCAGAACGGCGGGAACAGUUCACAGGUGGAAUAGUGAGUGGUGAACUGCCACCAGGUGCUGUAGCAGGCCACCACCAGGGGUCUGUCCUUCUAGCAGAUGAGGCAGCAGCGGCAGCGUACACUUCUUCAGGCGAAACAGUUUCUAGUAAUGGUGAGGUAGCCAUUAAUUUAGGGAAUGGUGGUGCAUACCAACAACAGCUGCAACUGAUGGAAGAACAGGAUACAUAUCUACAGAGUCGUGCAGACACUAUGCGCACUAUUGAGUCAACCAUCGUGGAACUUGGGCAGAUGUUUACGCAAUUAGCUACUAUGGUUAAGGAGCAAGAAGAACUAGUUCAUAGAAUUGACGCUAAUGUAGAUGAGACUGGGUUAAACGUUGAAGCUGCUCACUCCGAACUUCUCAAGUACUUUAAGUCUGUCUCGUCUAAUCGAAUGCUGAUGAUUAAAGUCUUCGGAAUCAUGAUUGUUUUCUUUGUUAUUUUUGUUGUUUUUAUGGCAUAAUGUGAUAUUAUUGUUUAUAUACUGAUUGAUAAGAUCUUGUACAACAGAUUAUAAAUAUUUAUAUUAUUCUUUAAUUUUACAGACCUAUUCAUUUAAACAUAUUGGAUUUACAAAGGGAGAGGAUAGUGUUUUUAUCUACCAUAAUUACGUACAUACCAGUAAUUCAUUAGAUUUUACAUGUCACAUUAUACAGUAGAUUCAUCAUGAACAUACCCCCCCCCCCUAUAACACAAAGGAAUUACUGUACCUUCUCUCCAUUACUGUAACUUUCUUUUUUGUAUCUAUACUGUGCGCUACUGUAUAUUCUGUAAAGCUCUGUAUGUAUCGGUUAUCAUUUAUACAGUAUAGUAACUGAAAUUCAUUGUUACUGCAACCAUUCCUUUUUGACCAUACUUCCCUAGUCUAAUUAUUAAAUCUUUGAUAUACAGUACUCUAAUAUGGUAAUUGUUUAUUAUAGCAAUUUUUUUUUCUUAAUACUUGUACUGUACACUCUUUGAUUUGGUAAUUGUUUAUUUUAGCAAAUUUAUUUCCCUAAUACUUAGAACAAUAUUUCUGCUGCCAUGGUUGUACAAGGAGUAUUUAUAUAUGCAUGCUUAAUAAAUAUUAUAUAAAAAAUUGUGUCCAAAGUUGUUACAUUAUCAUUAUGAACCAGGUUGUUGAAUAAACUCUGUACUGUUGAUACCUUGAACAGAUUUAUAUCACUCGACAUCAAUUUUGCCAGUUACAACUAAUUUUGCCCCUUAUUAUAAAAUGUCAGGAUCAAUGCCUUAUUUAUAAGAUAAACUCUGAGAGUGGGCAGCUGUUGAUCAUAAGAGGAUAAACCACUCAAAAGGUAGCCAGGAAACUAAAAAAAUAUUAGCUGGUACAGUGCUUGGUUAGUUAAAUACUGUAUUUUCUUUCAUUUAGAUGCACCUUUAAUUUAGUAGGGAACAUCUUGGGAGGGGGGGGACUUCUCAACCAUGCAAUUGGUUCUUCUUCAGUGUUAAAACUUAGGUUACCUUCCAUCAGUCAGUGGUUUGAUCCUCAGGGAUCCUAGUUCACCCAGCUGUAAAUGGGUACCUAAGUUUAUAAUAAAUUGAAUGCAUUUGAGUGCAGUACCAGUCGUGCUGCCUCCUUGUGUAUUGAAGACUUCGUAUACUUUUACUGUAUCCACACUGUUCCUAAUAGACAGUCACACCUAUGAGACCCACUUUAUAAUUCUUUUCCUCCCAGUAUUUUUACUGGCAGGGCCCCAGGGGGAAUCACAGCCUCUAACAAUGCCCCUGGGAGCAUCACUGUCCCUAAGAAAAGCCCUUGGGGGCACCACCAACCAUGGCAGGGGUCCAGAGGGCACUGAUGUACCUGAGUGGGCCCUUGGGAGCGCAACCACCCCUGGCAGUGCCCCUCGAGGCACCACCGCCCCUUGCAGGGUCCCUGGAGGUGCCACUGACCUUGGCAGGCCCUCUGGGAGGUCUCCUGGGGGCACCUCUGCCCCUGGGGGCAUUGCUGCCCCUAAGGAGAGCCCCUGGGGGUGUUGCUGCCCCUAAGGAGAACCCCUGGCAGACUUAACUUAUUAAAUAUAUGCUGGAUAACAAAACACCAAAAUUGCAAGUGAUUAUCAUUGAAAGAUGUCGUUAAAAUCUUCCAAGCAUCAUUAUGACCACUAAUUUCCCAGUAAUCGAACCAUGGACCAUAUACAGCAUUCGGACUUGGCAUACUCGGGAGUACUUUUAACAAGAUUUUCAACCAAAUCUAUUUUUGGGCCAAAAACGCCUAGUAAUUUUUUGGCCGUGACUCUCCUGUUGCAAAGGUUAAAAUUCUGUUAACAUUAUAAAAACAUCUCUGAAACUAUAUAUUGAUUAGUGAUACAAUUAUAACCCCAAUGCUAUAUAAAUGGACACAAACUAACAUAACUGACACUCUUUUGGACAUGUAACCCAUCGAGGCUAAAAUUCAUAGAGUAUACCUCCAGUCUUAAUAAAAUAAAAUUUGCCAAACUUCAA